UCUACCAAUCGCAUUGGCGCAGUGGUACCUGUCAGCCAAUCACAGUAGCUUUUUCUCGACGUUUGUUCCACAGCUGUGCGAUAUUUCCGACACAAUCAGCUUGCCUUCCUCAUCAUGGCUUCUGGAGCUCUCUUCCCCAGCAUGGUGUCUGGGUCCCGCGGCUCCUCCAGCAAGUACCUGGUGGAGUUUCGGGCUGGAAAGAUGACCAUGAAGGGCACUACAGUGACCCCUGACAAACGCAAAGGUCAGGUCUACAUCCAGCAGACAGACGACUCUCUCAUCCACUUCUGCUGGAAGGACCGGACGACUGGGAACGUUGAUGAUGACCUGAUCAUCUUUCCUGAUGACUGUGAGUUCAAACGAGUCAACCAGUGCACCACUGGACGGGUCUACGUGCUGAAGUUCAAAGCAGGCUCCAAAAGGCUUUUCUUCUGGAUGCAGGAACCGAAGCCUGACAAGGAUGAGGAGUAUUGCCGUAAAGUGAAUGAAUAUCUUAACAACCCGCCUAUGCCUGGCGCGCUUGGUAGCAGUGGUGGCAGUGGCCCCGAUCUGUCUGCUCUGGGAGAGGGAGGUCUGCAAAGCCUUCUGGGUAACAUGAGCCACAACCAACUCAUGCAGCUCAUCGGACCAACCGGACUGGGUGGAAUUGGUGGUCUUGGGGCGUUGGCUGGGCCAGGAUUGGCCAACCUCCUGGGGAGCAGCAGUGGGAGCAGCAGUGGCAGCAGCGUUCCUGCAACCAGCAACUCCACCACAAGUCCAUCAACCACAGUCACACCAACCUCGACCCCUGCUGCCAGUCGGCUUGGCUCCUCCCAGGUGCCCACCACACAAAUCACUCCAUCCUCUACCUCAGUGGCCUCCCCCACUGCCACCACCCCCUCCACCCCUGUUGUUUCAACCGUGGAGACGGGAGCAGCGAACACAACGCAGCCCAUCCAGCUGAGAGACUUGCAGAGCAUCUUGGCAACUAUGAACGUGCCCACAAGCAGCCAGGGAGUGGAUCUCGCCAGCGUCCUGACACCUGAGAUCAUGGCUCCCAUCUUGGCCAACCCUGAGGUGCAACAAAGGUUGAUGCCCUACCUGCCCUCUGGAGAGUCCCUGCCUCAGAGUUCAGAGGAGCUCCACAACACGCUCAGCUCCCCUCAGUUUCAACAGGCUAUGAGCAUGUUCAGCAGCGCUCUGGCAUCAGGGCAGUUGGGGCCUUUAAUGAACCAGUUCGGUCUUCCUGCAGAGGCUGUUGAUGCGGCUAACAAAGGAGAUGUGGAGGCGUUUGCCAAAGCCAUGGAAACUGAGACGAGGUCAGACCAGGACAGCGACUCCAAAGACAAGAAGGAUGAUGAUGAAGACAUGAGUUUGGACUAAACAAAACUCUUUAAAACUUUAACAUUUAACUGAACCUGUUAUUUGUAAGCAUUUAUGCUAGACGCUGUGUCCAUGGUCUAGACAUCAUGUACACUGUAAAUCUAAAGGAACCUUAACUAAGCAAACACGUACUGUACUUUGCAUGUCAGAUACUAGCGCUGAGAGACAACACUAAAGCCAUCAGAAGUACACUUGUGUUGUGCAUUUAUUUUUCCAGCUUUCUCUGCAGGAAACUUAUUCACACGUUUAACACCUGCACAGGAAUAAAGACAAAAUACCUACAUGCACAACUGACUUA